CGUGGCCCGGCGAGUGGCUGGUUGUUAACUCACCGGGUCGCGGGCGAGGCGGUAGACGACGGGAAGAACAGCUAAGCGCACACGAAGUGUUCGAUGGCGUGCGGCUUAAGGAUGGAAGACGUAGACGAGGAACCGAGGAAAGCAGCCUCCAUUCCAAUUAGGCGCCGCGCCGAGAAGAGGAAACGGGGCAUCUGCUCCGCGUGUGGACAACACUUGGCCAACGUCGCCUCAUCCUCCUUCUCUCUUACACACACAUUAAUUAAUUACUAAUUGGUGAAUAAAUCGGGCAUGAAAACAGCGUACUUCUCUUCGAUUUUUAUAGUUGUUGAUAUAAUAAAAAUGUGGGAGGGAGUUACGGAGAUUACUCUGUUUCAGGGGUGGGAAAAAGAAGGCUGUCAUCUUGAUAUGAGUCGCUCUUUUUAGAUUUCUUUAGCCUUUCGUCCUCUUCUUCGUCCUCCUCUCCGGAGAGGGAAACAUGGCGAGUACAGGUUUUCCCGGGCGUGAGUUCGGCUUUGGCGUGCCGGAGGCAGGCGGCGGCGGCUUGCUGAAGCGGCCGCUCUCGGAGAUGGAGAGGCUACAGCUGCAGCAGCAGAUGCAGCAGGCGAUGUUCCUUCGCUCGGUGAAACAAAGGACGCUUCUUGCAUCCUCGGUUCCUCCGCAUCUUUCGACGCCUCCGCCUCAAGAUCUCUUUUUAGGCGCGUCUUCCUCUCUGGCUUCCUUGAAUUUGACGGCGGCAGGUCCGUUUCGCCGCCAGGAGGCGCCGUUCUCUGCACCGGCUGCGGAGAUCGGUCCCUCAACCGCGCUGCGGGACGGGCUUCAGGAGCUGGAGAGGAGGCUUCUGUUGGACGAGGAGGAGGAGGACGCGGUGAGUGCUUCUGGGUCCGCCGUGACGACCGCCGAGUGGAGCGAGGCGAUGCAGCAGCUUAUUGCCGCGCCGGCACCUGUGCCGGCCCUAUCAGGGGCAAAUCAGCUCUCUCCAUCUCCGACUAACUCUUCCUCCUCCACCGUAUCAUCCUCUGCCUCCAGCUCGCCUCCCGCAUCGCUGGUCGCUGCGAUCCCUUCUGGGGCUUCUUUGCGGCAGAUGCUUCUUGACACUGCGAACGCCGUCGCCGACGGUAACUCCGACAUGGCCAACCGGAAUCUCUCUGUCCUGAAGGGCGCUGCGAACUACAGAGGUGACCCGGAGCAGCGGCUGACGGCGAUGAUGGUUGCCGUGCUGUUUGUCCGCUUGAAGCCGCCGUCUCCUGCCGGCUCUUUUCCCACGGUCGCUGAAGUUUGUGGCACGGACCACUUGGCGGCUUCGCAGAUGCUCUACGAGGCCUCCCCUUGCUUCAAGCUAGGCCUCAUGGCUGCCAAUUUGGCGAUUCUGGAGGCCACCAAGGACCUACCCAAGAUCCACAUCCUCGAUUUCGAGGUUGGUCAUGGAGGUCAGUACGUUGCCCUCAUCCACGCCCUCGUCGAUCGCCAUCGCCUCCGGCCUGCAGGCCGUCCUCCAUCUCUCCGCAUCACCGCCGUCGCCGAUCCCGCCUCCCCUUUCACCAACAACCACCCCGGCGGAACUCUAAGAACCGUCGGCGACCGCAUCGAGAAGCUAGGGGAGCGGCAUGGCCUCUCCGUCCGCUUCGACGCCGUCCACCACCGCGCGGCGGAGCUCGACGCCGCCGCGCUUGGGUGCGAGGCGGGGGAAGCCCUCGCGGUCAACCUUGCCUUCUCCCUCGCACGGAUCCCCGACGAGAGCGUCUCCCCGACGAACCCUCGCGACGAGCUCCUCCGCCGCCUGCGCGCCCUCGGUCCGCGCGUCGUCGCGCUCGUGGAGCAGGAGAUCAACACCAACAGCGCCUCCUUCGCGGGCCGCUUCGCUGCCGCGUGCUCGCACUACGGCGCACUACUCGAGUCGCUGGACGCCACCUCCGCCCGCGACAGCGGCGAUCGGGGCCGCAUCGAGGGCUGGCUGGCGCGGCGCGUGGUGAAUUCGGUGGCGAGGGAGGGCGCCGACCGGGUCGAGCGCUGCGAGGUCUUCGGCAAGUGGCGUGCCCGGAUGGGCAUGGCAGGCUUCAACCCGGUCCAACUCCGGCCGGCUCUGGUCGAAUCCGUCAAAAAUCGGCUCGAAUCAAUGCGGCCCAAUCUCAGUUUCUCCAUCGCGGAGGAGGCGAACCGAAUCGAGUUCGCAUGGAAGGGACAGAUUCUCACGGUAGCAUCCACGUGGCAUUAAGCCGGUAGAGUCAAUUAAUUACGUGAUUAAUAGGUCCGGUCGGAUCGCCGAGCCGAAUCGAACCGAACCCGAUGUUUAAUAUGAACCAUAGUUAUUCCUCCAAUCUAUCAGUAACUCUCCUUUGUAUGGGAAAUUAAUUAAGAGUAAGCUAAGUUAUUUAUGAUGUCA